GCCACAAGCAGAGGAGAAUUAUGGCACCAACGGUAUAGAGAAUGAUAGAUCGUCUUGUUGGCAGUGCUUGUGGCACCAUGAUGGGCAUCUGGAUGAAUGCCGAGCGCUAAGCCAAAAAAAGAUUCUGCCAUCGACGCCCCUAAUCGACACCCAGGGGGAGCAGGGGGAGCAGGGAGUGGGCCAGGGGUUCGUUUUACAUUUUCCCCAACAUAGGGCACAGGGCGUUCCACAGCCCCGCUCUCGCGCCAGCACGCAACGCUUUAAAGCUUACUGUACUUUCCCAUACCCUGGCGACGCCAAACCAUUCCUUCCGGGGGAGGGGUUGGGCGGCAGAGUACUGUACUGUACAAUACAGACUGUACAGUACAGUACUAAAGAUUGCCGGUGCCCGUUUGUCACACGAGCUAUUCCCUCGUUUCUGUCUCCGCCUGUGCUCCCACCUCCCGCUUCCCGCUUCCCGCACUUCGCGUCGUCCAAAUAUGACUUCGGUCGCAGUGCAUCCUCCAGAGACAAAUGGAGGCAUUGUUACCUCAUGGCUACCGCUCACCUCUACUUGGCCAUCGGUCGCGGAAUGCGCUACAGGCGGUAUCUAUUCUCAAAUGGGGGCGAACGGGGCGCUAGCGAUUGCCUACGAUCCCUAUUACGGGAUGAGUAUUGACAGAUCGCUGACCUGUCUCCCACCUUUUGCGACUGCGUGGUGGUCUCAAUCAACUACCACUCCGCUUCUGACUCACACAAGCCUCGGCCCCUUUGUCUGCCCUGGAGGUUACACCACAGCUACUUCCAGUGUCGUCAAUGAUAUAAGCACUUUUGUUGGAUGCUGCCCUUCAAGCUAUACGUUUGAGGGCACAAAGGAUAGUGGAACCCUUGGGCAAUGCAAUUCGCCUCUGUCUGUUGGUCAAGUGUUAACUUACAUUGACUUGACCUCAAGUCUGCAUACAGCUAGUGCAACCAUUUCGUCUGAAGGAGCGAGUGUUUUCGGGGUCCAACUCAACGGAUAUAUCUUCGCACCAUCUUCGACGGCCAGUUCUUCCUCAAGUAUACUAUCAUUAGCAACCAGUACCGGGCCGACAGUCUCGCCCACGUCAUCCCAAACACCCAGCACAGGCGGUCUGAGCACAGGAGUGAGAGCGGCCAUUGGUGUCGGGGUCUCCUUAGCUGUGCUGGGACUUUGCGCCCUUUUUGUCUCCUUGUUUUGCAUCCGGAGAUACAGGAAGAAAGCAGCGGCAUCUGAUAGCGGUGUUAAUUUCAACGGCUCAUCUCCACCGUUGCGUAAUUGGAUACUUAAAGGAAACGACAGGUUAGAGCGAAGUGAGAUGGAGCAACCGACAACUCGUUAUGAACUGGCUGGGACGCUUAGAUGAUGGGGCCGAGAGCCACUUCCUGUGCAGCCGAUCCUUGAAUGGUGGCUUCUAGCCGGUUUGCCAGAUGUUCGAGCUCUUUACAUUUACCUGUCCAAUGCAAAUAAAAUGAAUAAUUCGAUGGCCGAACAUGACAGAUUCCACUUUCGAAUACCCGCCCAAGACCACACCUAAUUCUCUCCUCU